CACAGGCACGUACAGACACACAUACACACAGAUACAUGUACAUACACAUAAAUACACACGCACAUACCCACAGACACAUGUACAUACAUACACAGACACAUGUACACACAGACACAUGUACAUACAUACACACAAACACACACACAUACAUGUACAUACACGCAGACAAACGUACAGAUACACACAUGUACAUACACACAAACACAUGUACAUGCAUACACAGACACACACAAACACACACACCCAAAAAAGUUGCAGUACUUCGUUGUUCACUCACAGAGAUGAGUACUGCACUCUCUAGGGGGAGACAGAGAGCACAGCACGCACUCCUUCCUUUGCUUUCACUGAGCUCAGCUUUUGAG